AUGGGACUGAACGCGCGAAACUCGAGCGUGGAUCCCAUCGUGCACGAUGACGCGCGAGGGGACGAGAAACGACGGCGGACGGUGGCCUUGGCGGGGCUGUCGAGCCAGCGAGCGCUGAGCGCGCUGGCGAGCAAAGGAUCGGUCGGGGAUUGGCGCGCGGCGCACGUGCUGGAGAACGGGGGGGAGGCGAGCGAGGACUAUGCGUUUAACGACAGCGAGGCGGCGUUUCGGGCGAAAGACUCGCAGAGGAUUGGGUUCAAGUCGAAGAUCAUCUGCACGCUCGGACCGGUGUCGCGAACGGUGGAGAUUUUGGAGGAAAUGUUGAGGGCGGGGAUGUCGGUCGCGCGGUUCAACUUUUCGCACGGCUCGCACGAGUAUCACCAGGAGACGUUGGAUAAUUUGCGCGCGGCGUGCGCGAACACGGGCGUCGAUUGCGGGGUGCUGCUCGAUACCAAGGGGCCGGAGAUUCGCACCGGGAUGCUCGCGUGCGGGGGACCGGUGAUGCUCGAAGCGGGGAAGGAGAUCGUGCUCACCACGGACUACGAGUUCAAGGGUAGCGCGGAAAAGCUCGCGGUGUCGUAUCCGGACUUGGCCAAGGACGUCAAGCCCGGUUCGAAGAUUUUGUGCGCCGACGGUUCCGUCACCUUCACCGUGCUCGAGUGCGACGUCGCCAAGGGCGAGGUGCGAUGCCGCCUCGAAAACAGCGCCAAGCUCGGCGAGCGCAAGAACAUGAACUUGCCGGGCGUCAACGUGAACUUGCCCACGAUCACCGAGAAGGAUCGCCACGAUUUGAUCGAGUGGGGGGUGAAGAACAACGUCGACUUCAUCGCCGCCUCGUUCGUUCGCAAGGGAAGCGACGUCGAGUACAUUCGCUCCGUUCUCGGCGACUUCGCGAAUAAAGUUUCCAUCAUCUCCAAGGUUGAGAACAUGGAGGGCUUAGAUAACUUUAACGACAUCGUCGAAAAGUCCGACGGCGUCAUGGUCGCUCGCGGCGACUUGGGUAUGGAGAUUCGCAUGGAACAAAUAUUCUUGGCGCAAAAGCGCAUGAUCAAGCGGUGCAACUUGGCGGGUAAGCCCGUCGUGACGGCGACGCAAAUGUUGGAAUCCAUGACGGGUGCCCCGCGCCCGACGCGCGCGGAGGCCACGGACGUGGCCAACGCUAUUCUCGACGGUACCGACGCCGUGAUGCUCUCCGGGGAAACCGCCGCGGGCAACUACGCCAUAGACGCGGUCAAGUGCAUGGCGUCCAUCUGUCGCGAAGCCGAAGCGUACGUCGAUGACGUCGCGAGCUAUUUCCAAAUUCUCGAGCAGCAAGUGAUCCCGCUCGGCAUCACCGAAGCCUUGGCUUCGUCCGCCGUUCGUACCGCGCAAAAGGUGAACGCCGCGCUCAUCGUUACGUUGUCUCGCACCGGUCACACGGCGCAAAUGAUCGCCAAGUAUCGACCCGAGACUCGCAUCGUGAACGUUUGCAUCGAAGAGCCCGAUCACCAAGGUCGCGCUCUUGACGUCGUGCACCGCUCGCUCAUCACGCGCGGCCUCGUACCUCUCUUGGAGAACCCGGCGUGGCGCGGCGAGAGCGGCCACCCGCAAGAAGUCAUGCGCAACGCCAUCGUACACUGCCGCGACAUUUUAGGUUUAGUGAAACCGGGCGACGCCAUCGUCGGCGUCCAUCGCAUCAUGGGCGAGGCCGUGCUUAAAGUCAUCAUCGUUCCCGAAUAA